GGAAAAAAACCACAGUGUUUACACGAUCCAGGACAGAGAGCAGGCCAAGCCAGCUCACUAGGGGAAUUCAAAACACUGUAUCCCUGGAGGGCACCCUGAGGAGAAAAAAAACCUGCUGUCCAUAAAUGGGUAAAGCCAGGAGUGUGGGUGUUAUUGGGAAUAAUAGAGGCUGUCGAGUACAGAACAGAUUCAUUUAGAUUGACUGCUAUCAAACGAAUCGACCCCAUUAACCUCGAUCAGCCUGUUUCUAUCUAUCUGAUUCUCUGUGCAUCAGGUUAGUUUGCCGUGGCUGAGCAGCGACUGUCUGAGAUUUAUGCUUGGCUGUGUUGUAAAAGAUGUGGCUGGAUGAUAAUAAAUCAAGGCAGCCUAGUGUUCAGACAGACGUCUCUCGAGAGUGUAAACAUUUCUCUCACACUAUUUCCCGCUGUAAGUGUUGAAGUGACUGUGAAAGGUGAAAAGAUUCUUAUUCCUAGCUUUUAUCCUGCCAGCACUCGUCAAAUGUCAAAUGAGCUCAUAACUGCAUUAGCAUAGAGGAAGGGUUGAAAUGUAAAGUCGGGUUGGAUAUAGCUACUGUACAUGUGCAUGGGCUACAAGGGCUAAAUAUAGUCUAGUGGCCUUUAUAGCCUAGUUGAAACAUAUUAAAGCUUAUUUUCUAAAGUGAAAAACUGAACUCAACUGAACUUGAGCAUUUCAACAAACUGCACUAUUUAAAGUUGUCAUGCUCUUACAAGGUAUCAUUACUCCACAAGUAGCUGUGAACUAUAUUGAACCCUUUUUCUUCCACCUUAACUCAUUUUUCAUCCCUAACCUGAUGUUUCCCACAGUCCUCUCCCUAAACAAAUGGUUUCCUUUGUCAUUAUUAAAAGACAGCUGAGAAAUCUCUUCAGCUCCGAGCAACUGUCCACUGAAAGAGACAGAGAACAAAAAUGCACAGGGGUUGUGUUUCAUCACAGUCUAAAAAUAAGACAAUUUAAGUGGUCUAACAAGCAUUAAAAAUGGACAGAUUUCCAAAACAUCAAACGCAGGUAUUACAUGCUAUCACUCAUAUCUCGCAUCCUGUGGCGGGACUGACAUUUACACCCUGUCUGAGAAACUAAAGCCUCAUUAUCUAAACUCCCUGCCAAGCAGAUGCCUCAUUUAGUUCAUGUGACUGUGUUUUUUCUCUUUCUUUCUUCCCCUGACUAUAUGUGGACACAAUGACUUAGCUAAAAGGCCCAAUUGUAGAUGAACUUGCAGUCUGUACACAGUGUGAUUAGCCUCUCCACCCAGAGAUUGCCUCACUGAUUCUCCACACUUGCCGAGGAUUAGCGCUGUCCAAAUAAAGUCAAUACUACACAAGAAAUUUCUCUCCCCAUGGCAUUGCAUUUGAAUCGAGUAUAAAUCUGACAUUCCUGACUUCCAUUACUCAGGAGCUGAGUUAAACCACACAGCUUACAGUAGAAUGAAAUAUGUCCUUACAAAUCUGAGGAACAAACUCUUGGCUCUGGCCCAGCAGCCAAUAUUUUGCUUCAAAUGCAUAUUUUGACCUGUCGCAUCUGUCCUUCACAUGUUUGUGGACCCACUGACAGGAAGCUGGGGAAGCGCCUGCCAAAGCAACUGUGACACACAUGCAUACUGAAGGCCAUGAUAUACUUAUCAUUACAGCAUGGAGUGAGAAUGCAUUACAAAUGGUGUUCAUUAAAUGAUGUGAUUAGAAUGAGGAUAAAUUGGAAAGUAAUAAUAGGAUUACAAUAAGGCACAUGCUAUCUAAGGCUUCACAGUCUGUGCCUUUCCAUGACUGAUUCUAACUGUUAAGAUUAAUUCUGCUUAUAUUAUUAACUAAAAAAUAUUUGACCAUUCCCUCAUGCGUCAUUCUUAUCAUCCAUUAUCUCAGAGACACCAUCUACCGAGAAGUACAUCCUCACAAUCCUCCUCUCUCUCUCUCUCUCUCUGUCUUUUUUUUUCACCUGUUCCCUUCUCAAAGUGUCUCGUUCCUCAUUUCUCUCACAGGCUCGCUUUCCACCCAACAGUUCCAUCAGUUCUCCCUCCCUCCUCUUCUCCCUCCCACCUUACCUCCUCCUCUCGCUGUCACUGAGCUUCACAAACUGAGGUGGAUCUUUUUUUACACUCGCUCCCUCCUCUCCCUUCACUCUUCACUCUCAGGACGCAAUGAGGUUAACAGUGCUGUGCGUAUGCGGGACCCUGCUGGCCCUCUCCAGCCUCUCUUGGACCACAGCAGACUCUGAUGAAGGAGACCUCCUGGAGGACACGGGAUUUGGGCCCUGCGCUGCAACUCUGCGACUUGAGCAGCCGUGCAGACAGGGGCAGGAUGAGAACAUGUGCCCCUACCUUUUCAGCCUGCCACCGCUGACUGUUCAUUUGCCAAAGCAGCUCAGGGAGCUGGAGAAGAUCAUGAAGGAUCUGCAGAAGCUGAAGGACAAUGUGGAUCAACUGAGGGAGAUGUGUGCAGAUUGUACAGUAAGCCAAACUGAGAGAGAGUGUGGAAGGCAAAGAGAGCAUGUGAAGCUGAAUGAAGGCACAGAUAGACAAGAGGAUGAGAGGAACUGGGUGAAUGAGAGAAACCCUGGGGGACUAAAAGAUCAUAGACAGGAGUGUGGAACAGACGGAAUUAAAGUGGAAGAGGAUAGGGAAGGGGAUAGUGACACUGAGUCCGAAAAAAGAACAAUUUUGGUAGAGAGAGGGGGAAAGAAAUGGGAAGCAGAGAGAGUGAGUGAUAAAGGGGUCGUAAAAGAAAAUGAGAAAGCAGAAACCUUAAAAGAAAUGGCAGAAAAAGAUGGAAAAACCCAGACAGAGGGGGCAAAAGGAAAGGACAAAUUGGGACAGGCAAAGGUGCCAACUGCUGGUGGAAAUGAGAAAAUAGUAUAUAUGGCAAGAGAGAAGGUUGUUGAAAAAAAUAACAGAGAGACAGUGACAGAAAGAAAUAAAGACAGAAAGGGGGAUUCAAAGGGGGAUCGAGAGUUGGAAAGAGACAGUGGAAAAGAGAGAAAGACAGAUGCUGAUAUCAAAAAAAAGGAGAAAACAGAAGAAAGUGACCAUCACGUGUGGCGGGAUGAAACAAAGGAAACAGACAAAAAGACCCAAACUGAAGAAGACAGGGGCAGUGAUGAAAUAAAGAUGUCUGAGGGCCGUGAUGAGCAUACAAAUAAGGUGAGAAAACAGCAGAGGGAGGAGAGGAAAAAGGAAAUAGAAAAGGGAAUAAAAGUGGAGCGAAAUAAUGAGAAACCAAAACAGACUGAAAGCAUCGGGCGAGCAGAAAAAGAGAAAACUAUAAAACAGGGGGAGAGGGAGGAGGAGGAGGAGGACAGAGGGACGGAAAAGGAGAUCAAAACAGAAGGAGAGAAAAGGGUCCAGAGUGUACAGAGAGACAGUGAUGGAGAAUUAGCAUCCAACAAAGCAAUUCAGAGGACAGACUUUGUUUCAAUCAGCCCGACUCCUCAGUCUACCAUUAGUUUAGCUCCAAGACAUGACUCCAUGGACUCAAAUGAAGCUACAACCAUUACGUCAAGUCUUCCAUCUCCUCCUUUGUCCACUUCACAUGUGAUCACAGAUGUCAAUCAGGGGAUGACGACUGCUGAUUAUGAAGUACCAACCCAAAGCACAGACAUUGAAGUAGCUGCUGUUUCUGAGCGGCCACGCCCUGAUGCAGAGGCAGGCUUUAGGGCCACAAGUAGACCAACAACAACAGCCACAAUAAGCACACUGGGAGGCUCCAGACCACAGAUAACUGAUGGUGCCACCAGGUUCACCUCCACAACUGGUCCGAGACCUGGGGCAGGCUUCCAGGGUCGAGUUAGCUCAACUUCAACCACCCCAUCUCCCAGUCAGAAUUUAUACACAACUACAUUCCCAGGAGUCAAAGACAACAGCCAUUGGACAGCUAAAAAGAACAUCAGCUCAAAUACCAAGACAGGAACGAAACCUCCACCAGGCCGAGGACCAAAGCCCGGUGAAAAACAUAAACCUGGAAUUAAACCCGAAGCAAACCAAAAGCUAAAAAAUCCCAAGAAUGACCGUAAACCUGACCGAGCUCCUUUGUCUGACAAAAAAACAAAACACAACCAAAAACAGAAACCUUCUCAACAAAAACCCACAGCUGACCAGAAACCUAAACCUGGCAAAGUCCCUCAACAAGUCCAAACUCCAAAACCUGACCAGAGAGCUCCACCUGACCAUCUAACUACUGAUGAAAAUCUGAAAAACAAUCCUAAACAUGACAGAGGCCGCACAACUGAUCAAAGCAAAGUAUCUUUUCAAAAGCCAACAUCUCAUCAAGGACCUGUAACUGACAAAGAUCCUCUGCCUGAUCAAGAGCCUGAAUCUGUUGAGAUCACAGCUAUUAAUCAAAACUCAAAACCAGAGGAAAAGCCACACCAUCCUCUUAAAACCCAGAAGCCUGGCCCGAAGCAAAAACCUGAGAAAAAGCUGAAAAGUGAAGGAAAAAAACCUGAUCAAAGAUCUGAACCAAACCAACAUUACACACCUGUUCAAGGGCCUGAAUCUGAAAGAAGUGAAACAGCUAGACUCACACCAAAACCUAACCAAACGUCUGAAACAGAUUUCAUAGGAAAUGCUGAUGAAAAUCCUUCUCCUGAGCCAAACUCUGACCAAGACUCAACACCUGGACAAAAGCUUCCACUUGAUCGUAUUAAUAAACCCCCUGAUCAGAAGCCUAAACCCAAGGAGGACAUCCCAAAUUCUGGCCACAUACCUAAACUUUACCAAAAUCCAGAUCCUUCAACAGACCGAAAGACUAAACCAAAUGUUAAGCCUAAACCUGGCCAAGUACCACAGACAAAUCAGGGUCUUAGAACACCUCGGCCAGGCCAGAUGCCUAAGCUUAACCCAAAAUCUAUGCCUGAUGAAAUCCCUAAAGCAGAAUCCAACAGAACCUCCAAACCAAGGCCUCCCCCCAGACACAGACCACCAACCGGACCUACACUCAAGCCAGGAGCAACAUCUGUUCAAAGCCCAAAGACCAAAACAGAUUUAGAUCCUCCUCAUAUCAGCGGGACAACUUCAGAUGGCAUCCAAAAUUCUCAAACUGACAUGCCACCUACAUCUGGCCCCAUAAAACAGACUGCUGAAGUGACUCAUCCCCCGGGGGACACAGAGUUCAGCCCCAGCACAAAGAAAACUAUCACUCUGGGUCCAAAGACCUCUAAAAGCCUGGAGACUGGACCCCUCCCUUUCCUUUACACCCUCCCCGAAGGCUUCACAAUAAGCCCAAGCAGCAGGAUUACGUCUGAUCUGAGGCCACAAACAGCCGGUCAACCAUCAUCGAUCCCAAUGACAACAAAACCAAACAAUAUUAUCCGCGGGAUCCUCCCGAGUGUUAUCCCUAGCUCCAGUCCAGGAUCCACAAAGCUAAAUCUAGAUUCAAAUACUGACUCCAGCUUACAAGCUAAGGUACUUCACAAUGUGGAGGAAACAGCACCUGGACAAACUCCAGAUUCAGACAAAAUGAUGAUUCCAGUCCCUUCUCCCAGCAUCCAAACUACCACACUCAGCCCUGACUUCAGGUCGACAACCCCGGCCACCUCUGGCCCUGAGCCCCUGGCUGCCGAGUCUUCCACUCCCAGUGCACGUGAGCUGCGUGUGAAAAUCAACCAGGUGGCUGCUUUCCUUAAUAACAGCCUCAAUCCAAAUGGAAGAUCACUGGACAGACGUCCAAAAGAGAACCCAGAGGACAACCAGAGAGGCGGCAGGCCUGACAGCAAACCACUGAUGCGGAUACCAUCUAAAGUCACCGUGGUGAAGAGAGACUGCUCAGACCACCUACUCCGAGGAGAAACAACGAGCAGGGUGUACCUGGUGACCCCUGACAUCCGCAGCAAAAGCUUCUCGGUCUACUGUGACAUGGAGCUGGGUGGUGGGGGGUGGACCGUGCUGCAGCGCAGACAGGACGGCAGCGUGAGCUUCAACCGCACAUGGGCUGAGUACAGAUCAGGCUUCGGGGAGCUGGACGGGGGGGAGUUUUGGCUGGGUAAUAAUAUGAUCCACCUGCUGACCCGGGACCGAGACAUGGUGCUGCGGGUAGAGCUGGAGGACUUUGACGGAGUGAUGGAGUACGCGGAGUACGAGCAGUUCAAGGUGGCGAGUGAGCGUCAGCGCUACAGGCUGACGGUCGGAGGUUACUCUGGUACCGCGGGUGAUGCUCUUCGCUUCAGCAAAAGCUACGAUCACAACAACAAGCCGUUCACCACCCCGGACAGGGACAAUGACCGCUAUCCAUCCGGGAACUGCGGGGCCUACUACAGCUCCGGGUGGUGGUUUGACGCCUGCAUGGCUGCAAACCUCAACGGGAGGUACUACGUGGGGAAGUAUACGGGAGUCCGGGAUGGGAUUUUCUGGGGGACGUGGCAUAACAUAUCUACAGAGUAUUACCCCACCAAUGACAGACGGUCCUUCAAAGCUGUCAGGAUGAUGAUCAGACCAAAAGGCUUUGCACCAUGAGCUGUCUCUCUGCCAGGGCAUGUUUGAAAACAAAAUAAAAACAAAAAAACAAAGGCUGUAACUACUAACUUCAACCAUAAGCUCCUACACUGUUCCUAACAGUUUAAAUAAAACCUAUUAUUCUCUCCACAAAGUUAUUUCACACCAUUAACACAAGGCUGCCGCCUUGUGGUGUUUGUUUUGCAAUAACCUACUGUUUGGUUUACAGGUUAAUAUGACAAUAGCUGAGGAUGUACAUAGUUACAAAGGUUAUACACAGUAUCAUUUUUAUAACCUUUUAAUAUUAAUACAUAAAAUUUUUGAGAGUGGAACUUAUCCAAUGACGAGAGAGAGAAAUCCUCUUGUGAAGAGUUAUUUUUCUAGAGUCUGAAUGUGACGUGUAUGAAGCAGAGACUGAUAUUUUUAUAACAGUACUGGAAGGCCAGUCGAUGGUUGAUUGAAGCUGUUUGGGAUGUUUAUAUAAGAUGAAUAAAAUGAAUUUACAUAAA